GGCAAAUGGUCAUGUUCUUUAUUAGCUUGGUGUUUGGCUUUGACCACGGCGCUGUUUUUGGCUGCCAGUUGGAGUUUUUCUGGCUCGCAAUGGCUGCGGCCACUGGCACAGCACAUUACAUGUAGUUUUGGGAACAGAGGGGUUCAGCAGGAGGCCAGGAUAAUGGCCCUCGGGACGUCCCCCAGCGAUGUUGAUAGACACCAUUCCAUUAUAAUUCCGUUGAGGAUACAUAUUUCCGUUCAAAACAUUUUUUUUUUUAUUCUUCUCCCCGACCCCGCCCUGCAUCAUGCGGCUGUUCUGCAGCAGCUGAUGGAAGUUAUUACCCAGGUCCUGACUACGAGGACGAGCAGCCAGCCAGCCAUACAGAGCAUCACGGAGGCUGCUCCGGGGUGUACACCUCAUCGGAUAAGCACAGGGACAGGCAGCCGUCUCAGCUGUACGGGCUGCGCCAAUGGCAGCAGAGGCUCGAUGAGGGGGCAGAGGGCGUCUUCGGAUCGCAAGACGGCGAUUGCCAGCGACCCUUGCUCCCGGUUGCGAAGAUCAAACAAGAGAUUAGUAUAGACUGGCCUCCUCCCUGCACGAAUUGGGAAGCAAUGCAUAAAAAAAAGCUACAGUACAUGCACCCUGCACACUCGGCGUGGCAGC